UUCUGGCUGAGUUACAAAACCAAACUUUUUUUUUUUUUUUAACCAGAAGAUGCAGGAAUGGGGGAGCUUUUUUCUCUUGUCAGUACCGAGUUUUCCAAAACAUCUCUUGGCUUCUCAAACCUCAGUUUGAGUAAGAGCCUAGACUGACACAAGCCCGCAGGAGCAAUGCUCCGUGCCAUUUGUGCAAGGGGACAGGAGCCGCUGCCUGCUGGCAGCACACAGCUUCCCAGGCAAACCCAGCUGACGACAAUUAUAAAUAACUGGAAACAAAGCAUUGCUGCCCGGCUCCUCCGCUCCCACCACAGUUAAAAAUAAAAGACCUUUGCAGGAACGCAUUAUGAAAACCGACAGCCCGGCCGCCGAGCUCAGCCAAACGGUGUCUUGCUUGUUGAGCUGGGAGUUUGGAAGGUGUCAGGCACCGCCUUGCUAGUGGGCCCCGCUGGUUUUCAUCUGCUCUUUAACAUGGGAGGAAUUUUCUGUCAGCACCUGAGGCACGCUGGGGAGGCGGUUGAUGUGGUUUGCAGGAUGGCACGGGCCUAGCAUGUCCGGGCUGCACCUGGCGAAGCGCGGCCGCGAGCACAGGAAGAUGGACCUGCAGCGGGACUUCACCGUCGCCUCGCCCGCCGAGUUCGUCACCCGCUUCGGGGGGAACCGUGUCAUCGAGAAGGUCCUGAUCGCCAACAACGGCAUCGCCGCCGUCAAGUGCAUGCGCUCCAUCCGCCGGUGGGCCUACGAGAUGUUCCGAAACGAGCGUGCCAUUCGCUUUGUGGUCAUGGUUACCCCCGAAGAUCUCAAGGCUAAUGCAGAGUACAUCAAAAUGGCUGAUCACUACGUGCCCGUCCCUGGGGGGGCCAACAACAACAACUACGCCAACGUGGAGCUGAUCGUGGACAUUUCCAAACGGAUCCCGGUCCAGGCUGUAUGGGCUGGCUGGGGACAUGCCUCGGAAAACCCCAAGCUGCCAGAGCUGCUGCAGAAAAAUGGGAUAGCUUUCCUAGGUCCCCCCAGCGAUGCCAUGUGGGCCCUGGGGGACAAAGUCGCCUCCACCAUUGUGGCUCAGACAGUCCAGAUCCCCACGCUGCCGUGGAGCGGGAGCGGUCUAGUGGCCCAGUGGUCUGAGGAGGACCAGAAGGGUCAGCAGAUGAUCAGCAUCCCCCUCGAGACGUACGCGCAGGGCUGUGUGAAGGAUGUGGAGGAAGGCCUGGAGGUGGCCAAGAAGAUCGGCUACCCGCUGAUGGUCAAGGCAGCAGAAGGUGGGGGGGGCAAAGGCAUCCGAAAAGUGGAGGCAGCAGAAGAAUUUGGUGCCUGCUUCCGACAGGUGCAGGCAGAGGCACCUGGGUCCCCCAUCUUCCUGAUGCAGCUGGCUCAGCACGCGCGGCACCUGGAGGUGCAGGUGCUGGCUGAUGAGUACGGCAACGCCAUCUCCCUCUUCGGCCGUGACUGCUCCAUUCAGCGCCGGCACCAGAAGAUCAUCGAGGAGGCACCCACCACUAUCGCAGCUCCUGCUGUCAUCGAGGUGAUGGAGAAGUGUGCGGUCCGCCUGGCACAGAUGGUGGGCUACGUGAGCACGGGCACCGUGGAGUACCUCUACAGUGAGGACGGGAGCUUCCACUUCCUCGAGCUGAACCCGCGCCUGCAGGUCGAGCACCCUUGCACGGAAAUGAUUGCAGAUGUGAACCUCCCGCUGCCCAGCUUGCAGAUUGCAAUGGGCAUCCCCUUGCACAGGAUAAAAGACAUCCGUGUGCUGUACGGGGAGAGCCCGUGGGGCGAUACGCCCAUCUGCUUCAACAGCCCCACCAACGCCCCCGUGCCCAGGGGCCACGUCAUCGCUGCGCGCAUCACCAGCGAGAACCCCGAGGAGGGUUUCAAGCCCAGCUCAGGGACAGUGCAGGAGCUGAACUUCCGCAGCAGCAAGAACGUCUGGGGGUACUUCAGCGUGGCAGCUGCCGGGGGUCUGCACGAAUUUGCCGAUUCCCAGUUUGGGCACUGCUUCUCGUGGGGAGAGAACCGGGAGGAGGCCAUUUCGAAUAUGGUGGUGGCCCUGAAAGAGCUCUCCAUCCGCGGGGAUUUCCGGACCACGGUGGAGUAUCUGGUUAAACUUCUGGAGACAGAGAGCUUCCAGAACAACGAGAUCGACACUGGCUGGCUGGACCAUCUGAUCGCCGAGAAAGUGCAGGCAGAGAAGCCGGACACGAUGCUGGGUGUCGUCUGUGGUGCCCUGAGUGCAGAUGCUGCCUUCAGGACGUGCAUGACUGACUUUCUGCACUCGCUGGAGAGGGGCCAGGUGCUGCCCGCAGCCUCCUUGCUGAACAUCGUUGACGUGGAGCUCAUCUACGAGGGUGUGAAGUACGUUCUCCAGGUUGCCCGCCAGUCCUUGACCACGUACGUCAUCAUCAUGAACACUCACAUCGAGAUAGACGUGCACCGCCUCAACGAGGGGCUGCUUCUCUCCUACAACGGCAACAGCUACACCACCUACAUGAAGGAGGAGAUCGACAGGUACCGGAUCACCAUCGGCAACAAAACGUGUGACUUUGAGAAGGAGAAGGACCCGACGGUGCUGCGCUCACCCUCCGCAGGGAAGCUGCUGCAGUACACGGUGGACGACGGCGGGCACCUCGCCGAAGAGGUGUUUGCGGAGAUCGAGGUGAUGAAGAUCAUCAUGACGCUGACGGUGGAGGAGGCAGGUCGGGUGCAUGUCAAGCGGCCGGGCGCGCUGCUGGAGGCGGGCUGCGUCAUAGCCCGCCUCGAGCUGGACGACCCCACCAAAGUGAAACCUGCGCAGCCGUUCACAGGGGGGCUCCCGGCCCAGCAGACCCUCCCCAUCACCGGCGAGAAGCAGCACCAGGUUCUCCGCAACGUGCUGGACAACCUCACCAACGUGAUGAACGGGUACUGCCUGCCCGAGCCCUACUUCAGUGCCAAGGUGAAGGAGUGGGUGGCGCAGCUGAUGAAAACCCUGCGGGACCCUUCCCUGCCCCUCCUGGAGCUGCAGGAAAUCAUGACGAGCAUUUCAGGAAGAAUCCCUCUGUCUGUGGAGAAGUCGAUCCGGAAGGUGAUGGCACAGUAUGCCAGCAACAUCACCUCCGUGCUCUGCCGCUUUCCUAGCCAGCAGAUCGCCACGGUGCUGGACACCCACGCAGCCACGCUGCAGAGGAAGGCCGAGCGGGAGGUCUUCUUCAUGAACACGCAGAGCGUGGUGCAGCUGGUGCAGAGGUACCGCAGUGGCAUCCGCGGCUACAUGAAGGCAGUGGUGCUGGACCUGCUGCGGCGCUACCUGCAAGUGGAGAUGCAGUUCCAGCAAGCUCACUACGACAAGUGCGUCAUCAGCCUGCGGGAACAGUACAAACCUGACAUGACUCCGGUGCUCGAGAGCAUCUUCUCCCAUGCCCAGGUGGCGAAGAACCUGCUGGUGACCAUGUUAAUUGACCAGCUGUGUGGCCGUGACCCCACGCUGACGGACGAGCUGACGGCCAUCCUAAACGAGCUGACACAGCUCAGCAAGACUGAACACUCCAAAGUGGCGCUGAGAGCCCGGCAGGUGCUCAUUGCCUCUCACCUGCCCUCCUACGAGCUGCGGCACAACCAGGUGGAGUCCAUAUUCCUCUAUGCUAUUGACAUGUACGGACAUGAAUUCUGCCCUGAGAACCUGAAGAAACUGAUCCUCUCAGAAACCACCAUUUUCGAUGUGCCCAUCUUCUUCUACCACACCAACCAGGUUGUGCGCAUGGCAGCGCUGGAGGUGUACGUGCGGCGUGGGUACAUCGCCUACGAGCUGAACAGCCUGCAGCACCGGCAGCUCUCGGACGGCACCUGCCUGGUGGAGUUCCAGUUCAUGCUGCCCUUCUCCCACCCCAACAGGAUGUCUGUCCCCAUCAGCAUCUCCAACCCCGACCUGGCCCGGCACAGCACUGAGCUCUUCAUGGACAGUGGCUUUUCUCCCCUGAGCCAGCGCAUGGGAGCCAUGGUGGCCUUUGACAAAUUCGAGGACUUCACGAGGAACUUCGAUGAAGUGAUCUCGUGCUUUGCCGACCCGCCUUUGGAGAGCUCGCUCUUCAGCGAGGCACGAGCCACCGUCUAUGAGGAGGAGGACGCCAAGAACAUCCGCGAGGAGCCAAUCCACAUCCUCAACAUCGCACUGCGCUGCGCAGACCACAUGGAGGACGAGAAGCUGGUGCCGAUCUUCAGAGCCUUUGCCCAGUCCAAGAAAACCAUCCUUGUUGACUGCGGUCUCCGGAGAAUCACAUUUCUCAUUGCCCAGCAGAGAGAAUUCCCCAAGUUUUUCACAUUCAGAGCCAGGGACGAGUUCGCAGAGGACCGCAUCUACCGGCACCUGGAGCCGGCGCUGGCCUUCCAGCUGGAGCUGAGCCGCAUGCGCAACUUCGACCUGACGGCCAUCCCCUGCGCCAACCACAAGAUGCACCUCUACCUGGGCGCCGCCAAGGUGCAGGCGGGCACCGAGGCCACUGACUACCGCUUCUUCAUCCGCGCCAUCGUGCGGCACUCGGACCUCAUCACCAAGGAGGCCUCCUUUGAGUACCUGCAGAACGAGGGCGAGCGGCUGCUCCUGGAGGCGAUGGAUGAGCUGGAGGUGGCCUUCAACAACACCAGCGUCCGCACCGACUGCAACCACAUCUUCCUCAACUUUGUCCCAACUGUCGUCAUGGACCCCUCCAAGAUCGAGGAGUCGGUACGGUCCAUGGUGAUGCGCUACGGCAGCCGCCUCUGGAAGCUGCGGGUCCUGCAGGCCGAGGUGAAGAUCAACAUCCGCCUGACGCCCACCACCGCGGCCAUCCCCAUCCGCCUCUUCCUGACCAACGAGUCCGGCUACUACCUGGACAUCAGCCUCUACAAGGAAGUGAGGGACUCCGGCACCGGCAACAUCAUGUUCCAGUCGUACGGGGACAAGCAAGGGCCGCAGCAUGGGAUGCUCAUCAACACCCCCUACGUCACCAAGGACCUGCUUCAGGCCAAGCGCUUCCAGGCACAGUCCUUGGGCACCACCUACGUGUACGACUUCCCGGAGAUGAUCAGGCAGGCUCUCUUCAAGCUGUGGGGCUCCUCAGACCUGUACCCCAAGGUCCUGACGUACACCGAGCUGGUUCUGGACUCCCAGGGACACCUGGUGCAGAUGAACAGGCUCCCUGGAGGCAAUGAGGUGGGGAUGGUUGCCUUCAAAAUGAAGCUGAAGACCCCCGAGUACCCGAAGGGCCGGGACAUCGUGCUCAUCUGCAACGACAUCACGCACAAGAUCGGCUCCUUUGGGCCGGAGGAGGACCUGGUCUUCCUGCCCUCGGAGCUGGCCCGGGCUGAAGGCAUCCCCCGCGUCUAUAUCGCCGCCAACAGCGGUGCCCGCAUCGGCUUCGCCGAGGAGAUAAAACACAUGUUCCAAGUGGCCUGGGUGGACCCCGAGGAUCCCUACAAGGUGUCGUUCUCCUCCUCUUUGUUUUCAGGGUUCAAGUACCUGUACCUGACUCCCCAGGACUACACGAGGAUCAGCAUGAACUCGGUGCACUGCGAGCAUGUGGAGGAAGGGGGCGAGUCCAGGUACGUCCUCCUGGACAUCAUUGGGAAGGACAAUGGAUUUGGGGUGGAAAACCUGCAAGCUGCUGGCACCAUCGCUGGGGAGUCCUCUCGUGCCUACGAUGAAAUAGUGACCAUCAGCAUGGUGACGUGUCGUGCCAUCGGGAUCGGCGCGUACCUGGUGAGGCUGGGCCAGCGUGUCAUCCAGGUGGAGAACUCCCACAUCAUCCUCACCGGCGUCACAGCUCUCAAUAAGGUGUUGGGGCGUGAAGUUUACACAUCCAAUAACCAGCUGGGGGGCGUGCAGAUCAUGCACAACAACGGCGUUUCCCAUGUCGUUGUCCCAGAUGACUUUGAAGGGGUCUACACCAUCCUGCAGUGGCUCUCGUACAUGCCCAAGGAUAACCGGAGCCCAGUGCCCGUUACUGCCAUAAGUGACCCCAUUGAAAGAGAAAUUGAUUUUGUCCCUUCCAAAGUCCCCUAUGACCCCAGGUGGAUGCUGGCAGGGAGGCCUCACCCAACUCUCAAGGGGACGUGGCAGAGCGGCUUCUUUGACCAGGGAAGCUUCCAGGAGAUCAUGAGGCCGUGGGCUCAGACGGUCGUGGUUGGCAGAGCGAGGCUGGGAGGCCUCCCCGUGGGUGUCAUCGCUGUCGAGACCCGCUCUGUGGAGGUGACCAUACCCGCAGACCCUGCCAACCCCGACUCGGAGGUGAAGAUAAUCCAGCAGGCGGGGCAGGUCUGGUUCCCAGACUCUGCCUUUAAAACAGCCCAGGCUAUUCGGGACUUCAACCGGGAGCAUCUCCCGCUGAUGAUCUUCGCCAACUGGAGGGGUUUCUCCAGCGGCAUGAAAGACAUGUACGACCAAAUGCUGAAGUUCGGCGCCUUCAUUGUCGACAGCCUCCGGGAUUUCAAGCAGCCCAUCCUGGUGUACAUCCCGCCGCACGCGGAGCCGGGCGGCUCCUGGGUGGUCAUCGACUCCACCAUCAACCCCCUGUACGUGGAGCUCUACGCGGACAAGGAGAGCAGGGGUGGCAUUUUGGAGCCUGGGGGAACAGUGGAGAUCAAGUUCAGGAAGAAAGAUUUGGUGAAGACCAUGAGAAGGAUCGAUACGGUUUAUGCCAGACUUGUUGAGCAGCUGGGGACGCCUGAGCUGUCCGAGGCUCAGCGCAAGGAGCUGGAGAAGCAGCUCAAGGCCCGGGAGGAGCUCCUGCUGCCCAUCUACUACCAGGUGGCCGUGCACUUCGCUGACCUGCACGACACCCCCGGCCGCAUGCAGGAGAAAGGCGUCAUCACGGACAUCCUGGAGUGGAAGAACGCCCGCUCCUUCCUCUACUGGCGGCUGCGACGGCUGCUGCUGGAGGAAGUGGUGAGGAUGGAGAUCCUAAACGCCAACAGCGAGCUGAGCCAUAUCCACAUCCAGUCCAUGCUGCGGCGCUGGUUCAUGGAGACAGAAGGAGCCGAGAAGGGCUACCUCUGGGACAACAACCAGGUGGUGGUGGAGUGGCUGGAGAAGCACAUGCAGGAGGACGACGGCGUCCAGUCAGCCAUGGAGAACAUCAAGUAUCUGAAGCGGGACUACGUGCUCAAGCACAUCCGGAGCCUGGUCCAAGCCAAUCAGGUGGCCAUGGACUGCAUCAUCCAGAUGGCGCAGCACAUCACCCGCACGCAGAAGGCUCAGGUCGCCCGUCUCCUCUCGACGGUGGACAACAACAGCCCCUCCUGAGCCGGAGGCAGGAGGGGCACCGGGACACGCUGCUGCUCAGAGGCCAGACCUCACCUCCCCACCCAGUCCCUCAGCCCUCGAACUGGAGCCUUGGACUCUUACCUUGUGCCUAAAUAAAUGCCGAUGUUUGUAUUUUAAGCUAUGAAGAUAUCCUCUCGCCUGUGCGGAGGGCCCUCUGGCGCUGGGGGUGUUCGUCAGAGGGGCAGCUUGGCAGAAGAUAACUUGGCCCGAGCCAAGGCUGGAGCCUGGACCUGGUGCAAACAUUGAUUCUUUUUAAAAAGAAUUAAAAAUCUUUUACUGUGUUUUAGUUGCAAGCCUUGGCCUUAAUCUUUAAAAUGAGCACCAGUCUCAGGUACAUCUCACAAGACUGGAUGGAGCUGGAAGUACAAACCGAAUGGCUGAGGCACCAAGGGGACAAAGGAGGAGGUCCCCAUCCACCUCUGAGGCUGACCAUGCACUGACACGAGGAAAUGUAAAUCCUGCUGAAGAAGCAGUCUCAAACAGAUGCUUUAAAAUAAACUCAGGAACUGUGAGGAGCAGUCUGUCCAUCCUUCCCUGUGCUGCGGAGCCAUCAGUAGGCAGGACUACGCAUACCUGGUGGCCCAGAGGAGACAUCACCGAGCCGUGCUGGGCCCGGUUGCAGCAGGUUUAUCGGCGGAGCUGCCACGGUUUGACCAGGGCGACCGCCCCAUCUGCUCCUUUCUCCCGUUUUGCCCUUUCUGGCUCGUGCUGCAGCUCCCACGGAGGCCGGAGAGGAGGGAGGACAACUCCGUGUGCCCCUGCCCCGUUCCCAGCGACCUGGCUCCUCCGCUGAAGGACAGGAGCCGGGCUGAGGUCUCUGUCUGCUUGUACCCGUGCCUUGGUUCCCUGGUGGCCUCUAAUCAGACUGAUCCACGUGGGGGAAAAGGUGACCGUGUGCUUUGCAGCACCUCUGGCUGCGUGACCUCGCGCUGCGGAGGCAUCACAUCGCCUGCACAGGUUUAGCUUUGGCUCUCAGAGCGGGGAGCGCUCCGGCAGUGGAAGGGGGGACGCUGGCUCAGGGGCGAUGCGGCGGUGUUGGACACCCCCUUGGUCAUGCUGGGGGCUGCGUGGGGGGGGCUCCUUGUCCUUGGGUCAUGGGUAGAAAGGGUGUGAGGAGCUGUCUUCUGGUGUGAAAGGUGUCACUGUGCUUUGUCAGGGGAAGGUGGGGGGCGUUGCUCGCUGCGCGGGAGGUGGGCAGGAACAUGCAGCCAAACCAGCGCCAAUAAAACGAGCACUGCCCUCAAGGAGGUUUUCCUGAGCUCUUUUAUUUUGUCACUGUAUAAAAAGGGAGGGACUGAGAAGGGGAUGGCGGCUGCGGCUG